AGACCGUACUAAUGUAUUACGAAUACCGAAGAGGUCAGCACUAUUCCCUACGUACGGUUCGCCACGUUGGAAGAAGUUGACGGCUGACCACUUCUUGUUUGACAUUAGAGAUUUAUUUCUAUAAAAUACACUUAGUUACUGUUAAUUGGAUAUAUUAAGGGAACCAAGAAUGAAGGUAAAGGAGUUACUCAAGACUGUUAAUGUGGCAUGGUCACCACCUGCCCAACAUCCUAUACUAUUAGCUGCAGGAACUGCAGCUCAGCAACUUGAUGCAAGUUUCAAUACAUCUGCCAGCUUAGAUUUGUAUUCUUUAAAUUUACAACAACCUGGAUAUGAUUUGGAACUGAAAACCAGUAUUGCAAGUGACCAUAGAUUCCAUAAAAUAAUAUGGGGCUCAUAUGGUAAUAAUCCAGCUGGCAUAAUUGUUGGAGGCUGUGAUUAUGGCAUGAUAAAGAUUUAUUCAGCUGCUGAAAUGUUAGCCAAUGAUAAUAAUAAUUUAAUAAGUAGUCCAGACAGACAUACAGGUCCAGUUAGAGCACUUGAUUUUAAUCCCUUUCAAGCAAAUUUAUUAGCAACAGGUGCAACAGAAAGUGAAAUUUAUAUAUGGGAUAUUGUGAAUACAAAUACCCCAAUGACUCCUGGACCUAGAAGUCAACCAUUAGAAGAUGUGCAACAUAUUGCUUGGAAUAAGCAAGUACAACACAUUCUUGCCUCUACAUUUUCACAGCGAUGUGUUAUAUGGGAUCUAAGAAAAAACGAGCCAAUCAUCAAAUUAACAGAUGCAAAUUCAAAAGUAAGGUGGAAAGUGGUUCAGUGGCAUCCAGAUGUUGCAACACAAUUAUGCCUAGCAUCAGAGGAUGAUCAGGCUCCUGUAAUUGAAUUAUGGGAUUUGAGAUUUGCAACAUCACCCUUGAAAACAUUCCAGAAUCAUCAACGUGGAGUUUUGUCAAUUGCAUGGAAUCCACAUGAUCCAGAUCUGCUCUUAAGUUGUGCCAAAGAUAACAGAAUAUUGUGUUGGAAUCCUAAUUCGGAUGUACCAAAUGGUGAAGUAAUUUGUGAAUUAGCACAAACAAAUCAAUGGAAUUUUGAUGUCUCAUGGUGUCCAAGGCAUCCAGGAUUAGUAGUAGGAACUAGCUUUGAUGGGCAUGCAGCAGUUUACUCUUUAUUGGGAGGACAGCAACAACUAUCUAUAGAAACAUCCAACAAAAUUGUAGAUUCCUUCCCUGGGAUGGACCCCUUCACACAACCACCUCCUACAGUACAGACAGAACCAACAGCUGUCUUAACAAAAGCUCCAAAGUGGUUGAAAAAACCAUUUGGAGUCUCUUUUGGUUUUGGUGGUAAAUUAACAGUAUUUGAAAAUGGACCUGUAGAUCCCAAUCUGCCAGCAAAUUCAAACAGAAGAGUGAUCAUAUCACAAGUAGUCACGCAAGCAGAUUUAAUUCAACGUUCGAACGAAUUAGAGGAAGUUCUUAAAACUGAACAAUACAGUGAUUACUGUAAAGGAAAGGCUGACCGAACUACCGAUGUACAUAGGAAAAAGAUAUGGAAUUGCGUGGGUGCAUAUUUUGGUGAAAAUGUGACGAAAGAUAUAUUAGAGUUACUAGGUUAUAACGUAGAAGCGAUGAAUAAUAAGCUAAAUCAGUUCGUGUCCCAGGAUGACAUUAAUAAUAUUACAGAAGGAGUUGGUAAUUUAAAUAACGUGCUAAAUGGGAAUGUUAUCGAUGGAAGUGCGGCGUUUGACGCUAUUGCACAAGAAUCUAAAAAAGCAUCAAUGGUUACUUCAAAAAAUAACAACUUACAAUUAAAUGUAUCUGAUGAUGAGGAUGGGCUUAUAACUCAAGCAAUCCUCUUAGGAAAUAUAGAAGCUGCUGUGUCCUUGUGCUUUGCAAAUAAAAGGUACGCAGAUGCAGUCAUUCUUUCAAUGGCUGCUGGACCCGAUUUGUUAGCACGUACCCAGUACCGAUACUUUUCAGAACAUUCUGGUUCUCUCAAUUCUCUUAUCAGUUCAUUAGUUAGUGAAAAUUGGGCUGAUGUUGUUAAAAAUACUAAUAUAAAUUGUUGGAAAGAAGUACUGAUAGGAAUAUUUACUCAUGCUAAUCUGCAGGAGCGAUCUACUCUAUGCGAUAUGCUUGGAGAUCGUUUAGCAUCGUCUGAUAAUUCAACGCUCAAAGAACAAGCUCAAAUAUGUUACAUUUGUUCUGGUAAUUUGAAUAAAAUGGUUGAAUCGUUUAAUGUUGAAAUUCAGGAAGUAGUAGAAUUAGUGGUUAUAAUGCAAAGAGCAUUAGAAAUGCAAGGCAUCAGAGACGUACAAAUAGAAGGAAGAAUUGCUAACGUUUUGUCUCAGUAUGCCGAAAUGUUAGCGGCAGAGGGAGAUCUUGAUGCUGCAUUAAAUUAUCUUGGAAAUAGUCAAGAUGAAAGAAUCGUAAUGUUGAAGGAUCGCCUGUGCAGAGCUUUGGGAUACAUCCAAGAAUCAAAAGCCAUGGCGAAAGCAUCGAUGCAAAAUUAUUACGAUCGAACGAGAACGCCAAUGCAAGCUGUACAAAAUCAAAUGCCAGCUUUACCCGAUUUUGCGACGAAACAAGCAAGACCCUUCGUCGAUCGAAACGUUGUCCCCGCGGCACAAUCCUUUGUACCACCUCCAAAUCAAUUUAAUAUCCAACAGCAACAACAACCUUUUGGGUUAUCUCCACUUCAGCCACCCCCACCACCUAUGCAAUAUGAUCAAACACCCAAUCCGUAUACCUCAUCAUCUAUGUCUCAACCACCUCCUCCACCUCCACCUUCAAGUGGAUCCAGCGGAAUGGGAUCGCGACCGUCUAGCGUCGGACCUCAAGCAAGAUCAAAAUACAUAAUAGAUCCAUCUGUAAAAUCUAGUUCAACGUAUGGACAAUCUGGUUUUCCUCAGCAAACAUCGCCAUAUAAUAAUCAACAAAUUCCUUCACUACCAGGCUACCCUUCACCAAAUAUGUAUCAACCACAAGUUCCUGCAUCUAUAAACGCUUACCCUGGACAAAACUUUGCACCUAGCCCAAAAGAAGUGGAACCCUUUAAACCAGUUCAGUCCAAUGUAUUACCACCAUUACAAAAUCCACCACAGAAUCAAAUGUAUGAACCGAUUAGGACGAUGCAACCACUUCCACAGACGCAAACAUAUGGAAGCGAGAAUGAACCACCUAUCGAUCGCUCUGUCAUGUAUCAGCAACUGCCUCAACUCACUGGAUGGAACGACCCACCAGCUGCCAAACCGUCUAGAAUACAACCAAAACCAGACUACCAGCCUCAAAAUCCGAUUUUGCAUCCACUAAGAGGAGCCAUGCCGCAACCCGAACAAAAUAUGUUACCCGAAGACAAACUUUAUCCUACGUCACAGUCGCCUUACAAUCCACAGCAAUAUAAUCCGAAUAUUCCAAAUAUGGGUCCCCAGUAUGCCAAACCAAUGGAGCUCUUACAACCAGCAGCAAUUGUUAGAACACCGGAACCGGAGAAACCGAAAGCACCGAUACCGGAACAACACGUGCAUUUAAAAACAGUAUUUGAUGAAUUAAAGAGUCAAUGCUACAAGAAUACUAAAAAUCCACAUAUCAAACGAAAAAUAGAAGAUCUAUCCAAAAAACUGGAAGUUUUAUAUGAUUGCCUUAGAGAGAAUAAAUUAUCGCAAAACACUUUACAAGCAUUGCAUCAGAUAUCACAGAUGAUACAAAGUGGAAACUAUACCGGUGGCUUAGGUCUUACCACACAAUUAGUGUCAGGUCCAGAUUUUAGCCAGAUAACUUCUUUCAUGCCUGGUAUUAAACUAUUAUUGCAAACUGCCCUUAUGAUGAAUCUCUAUAUUAGAUAGAAUGCAGUAUACAAAAUGUACUUAUUCAUUUUUAUAAUUUAGAAUUUUUAUAAUCAU